GAAUAAAUAAGCAUAAAUUUAAUCAAGCAAAGCUUCUAAAAAUGCGAAUGUUUUAGAAAAAUUCAUGGGAGGUGAGUGGUUGAGGCCCUCGAGAGGAUGGGUUGAGGGCGGACGGGAGAGAGUCAUGGAUUGGGUCCAAAUCGAGAAACCACAAGCAAACACAGAACAAGUUGUAACAGUCGCGAGUCCACAGUCGACUUUAUUCUCCAUCCUUAAUCUUUUAUUUUUUAUUUUUUAUUUUUAAAACACCAGGCCUCUCUUUCUAUUUCUUUCGUUCUCUCUCUAUAGCUGCCUUGCCUUUCCUCUUUAUUCCAACCUUUGCCUUCGUCGCCUUCCGCAUACCCGAUUCUCCACCCCUCUGACCUCUAUCGUUGGAAUCCCUCCCGCCUCAAGCAGAUCUCCACAAGCUCCCCACAGAAGAGUCACCCAUGACGCUUGGCUCAGGAGGAUCGAGUGUUGUGGUCCCUCGAAACUUCAGAUUGCUUGAGGAACUUGAACGUGGAGAAAAGGGUAUUGGAGAUGGUACUGUCAGCUAUGGAAUGGAUGAUGGAGAUGACAUUUAUAUGCGCUCUUGGACUGGCACCAUCAUCGGUCCUCAUAAUACUGUACAUGAAGGUCGCAUAUAUCAGUUGAAGCUGUUCUGUGACAAAGAUUAUCCAGAGAAGCCACCAAGUGUCCGUUUUCAUUCACGGAUCAACAUGACUUGUGUUAACCAUGAAACUGGAGUGGUGGAACCUAAGAAGUUUGGAAUUCUGGCAAAUUGGCAGCGGGAGUACACCAUGGAGGAUAUACUGACACAGCUGAAGAAGGAGAUGGCUGCGCCACAAAACCGGAAGUUGGUCCAGCCUCCUGAAGGUACCUACUUCUAGUUUUUAAGAUCAUAUAGAUAUCUUGAACCAUAUUGCAUGUGGGAUAUGCAAUAUAUAGUAUUGUAAUGAUGUGUUGAUCCUGUUGGAAGUUAAAAACGUAUGGAGAAUGCCCCAAAAACGCAUGUCCUUCUAUAACGUCUCCAUGGCUUCUCCUCUUGCUUUGUCAUCUUCCUUUAUUAAACUCUGCUGCAGCAAUGCUGUUUGAUUAAUGGGAUUUCUUGUGUGUCAAAUAUUUAAGUUACCUUUUAAUUAGAACUUGAGCUCUUUAUUCUGUGUUCAAA